GCAAAAUGGCCGCUCGACCAAAGUGAGUGUGACGUUUCGCGAGGUGAUUAUAUUGUUGUUACGUGUGGUUUCUAUGAAUAUUUGUUCAUGUGACAUAGUGGUAUUGUGCUUCCUGUGUUUAUCCGCAGGCCCGCCAAGAAAAUUCGUGUAUACGACAAGAUUACAUUAUGCAAUGUACGUAGACCUUUAUUACCAAUCAUCAAGACUGAGCGAAAGGAUUCGUUACUUCAAACUUAGCGUAUAUGUAUAAACGUCAAACACGCUACGGUAAAGUAGUAAACGCAGCGAAACGGAAACUAGUAUGGUCGAGCCGAGUACGAAAUCGUUGCAUUGUAUUCGAGGCCCAAAGGAAAAAGAUGACUCCUGUCACAUCAAUCGUUCGUCGAAUUAUCUAAACGUUUUCAAAGCCAUUUCAUCGAUACGUUCGACGCAGGCCGUCGAGGGUCAUAUACCCGGAGGAUGGACAAUCAAUUUGAAGUAUAGGUUCGCAAAGGCCACCGCGGGAGUUGCGAUGCCAACGUAUCACAAUGCGGGUGGCGGAUAUCCGAAUGUGUCAGCGCCAGCGCGGCAAGCAAAGCUCGAUGGCAAUCAAAAUCACCAUACGAUCCCCUCAAACGUAACGUCCCAUCCCCUUCUACAAAACACACCGCAACACAACGUUCCUUCCAACUUGUCUGCAAGUAACAUUCCGUCCCAUCCAGUAUCACCGACAAUGACUACGCAUCCGAACGUCAUCGCUCCAAACAUAACCAGUCACAUGAACGCCGGUACGCCUCCGGUAAUCCUCACUUCGAACGUCACAAAUCCUAGCAAUCCCGCUGCGUUAUCGGCGAAUCCGAGGCACGAGGUCAAACUGAACGCUAUGCCAUGGUUCCACGGGAAAAUAUCGCGGGAAACUGCCGAGACGUUGUUGCGACCGAGAGAAGACGGUCUGUUCCUAGUCCGGGAGUCGACGAAUUUCCCCGGCGACUAUACCUUGUGCGUGUGCUACCAAGGCCGCGUGCAACACUACAGAGUGAAAUACAAGAACAAUCAAUUGACCCUCGACGACGAGGAGUUCUUCGAGAAUCUGGCGUUGCUGGUCGAGCAUUACGAGCAGGACGCCGACGGAUUGUGCACGCAGUUGACGAAGUCGUUGCCGAAAAAGGGUAAGCAGGACUUCUGCGUGGACCCGAAGGCGUUCAUGGAGGCAGGCUGGGUGAUACAGACCCACGAGCUAGAGCUGAGGGAGUGCAUCGGCAAGGGGGAGUUCGGCGACGUCCUGUUGGGCGUUUAUAGAGGCGAGAGGGUCGCCGUCAAGAUGCUGAAGGACAACAGCGAGGCUGCGCAAAGGUUUCUGGCCGAAGCGAGCCUGAUGACGUCGCUGAUCCACGACAAUUUGGUCAAGCUGCUCGGUCUUGUUUUCAAUAAUCAACACAUGUACCUGGUUACCGAGUAUAUGAGCAAAGGGUCCUUGGUGGAUUACUUGAGAUCACGGGGGAGAUUGCACGUUUCCAAGAAGGAUCAGAUCAAUUUCGCGUACGACACGUGCGCUGGCAUGGCGUAUUUGGAGUCCAGGCACGUAGUGCACAGAGAUCUGGCCGCGAGGAACGUUCUCGUCGCGGAGGACAACUCUGCCAAAGUGUCCGACUUCGGGCUGGCACGGGACGAGAACUUUUCCCUCGAGGGCGGCAAGCUGCCCAUCAAAUGGACCGCACCAGAGGCUUUAAAGCAGUAUAAGUUUUCAAAUAAGUCUGAUAUGUGGAGUUUUGGAAUACUCUUAUGGGAAAUCUAUUCCUUCGGACGUGUACCAUAUCCACGAAUUCCAUUAGCCGACGUUGUAAAGUGCGUGGAAAAAGGAUACAAAAUGGAGCCACCAGAUGGUUGUCCGCACGAAGUUUACGAUAUUAUGAGACAAGCAUGGGACUUACAACCUGAAAAGCGACCUACUUUUUACGAUAUAAAAUUAGUGUUGGGUCAACUGAAAGCUGAAUACACCAAAGGUGUGAAUUAAAAGAAUGCUACUUAUUAUUCUUAGAUUCGAUGUAGAAAAGACAAAAUGCGGAAUCGGCGUUUCCGAAACGAUACAUUUUUUGCGAUCAUGGAGCUGAGAGAUUAGCUCCAAAUACUUUCUAUAGAGAAUGCAAUGUUUUUUAUUGUACAAAAGUAGUGUCCUCAUCGCUUAUAUUUAUUGUUACUUUAAUUUCUUAAAGACGGAGUCUGUUUAAUUUUUCUUUUUUUCUUUUGUGUGUAUAUGAGAAUAUUUUGCACAUACAUUAAUCUACGUCAAUCGUGCCUUUGGCCAAGUUGAAGUUCACGAAUAAAGAAAAAAGAAAUUCAACUUGUACAUCCGAAAUUCAGGUAACACUUGGGAAAAAAUUCAUAAUUUAAUUUCUUUUAUGUGACAUAUUUGUCCGUUACUUAAUUCCUUUUGUAGUCACGUUUCGUUGGAGGGGAGUACAACAAUUUUCGCAAAGCUGCGUAAACAACGGGGUUUUUUUUUACAUAAUUUUCGUCGCGUUAAGACUCGAGAAAUGUUUCCAGGUGUAAGAAGCGCCUUACAGUGAACUGAAUUUAAAGAAAAAAAAAAAAAAAAACAAAAUAAUUAGUCUCUAUGGAUAUCUACUAUACAAUAAUCUUUUCGACUUAAACUUGUAAGGUUGGAUAUUAGAAUUUUUUCACUUACGUGUAACAGUAGAAAUGGAAAAAAAAAAUUAGAUAUUUUUACCGUCAGCGGUUCGGGAGAUCUUCAUACCUAUUCGAGAGCAGCUAAUUGUAGAUCGCAAGUACUUGUUAGUUAUAUAAGUUCUUUAAUCAAAGAUUCGUCAUAGUGAAGUAUUAAUUUUUAACUAAAUUAUUGCAACCAUUAUAUACGGAUUUAUUUAAGUUGUCCCGCGAGAUAUUUGACUAUAUAUAUAUAAAUAUAUAUAUUAGUAGUGUAAAUGUAUCUGUAAAUACUUUUGUACAUAUCCGACUAUCGCGAAAGGAAUAUUUGGAGUAAAGUUGAUACUGGUUAGGAGACUUAAUAUCGAGAAUUGUCCAUAAUUUUGUUCGUAGUUUUUAAGAUGACUAAUUUACACAGCGAUCAAAUGUCCAUAUACAAUUGCACCACGUAACGCAAUGAUAGAAAACUCAGAUAUAUUAAAUAUAUAAAUAUAUAUAUUUAAAGUAAUUAAAUCUUAGACUUUCGUGUUAUUGCAUCUUUCUUCUGUAAUAUAGGAGCCCAUGACUUAUUUAAUACUUUUCCAACAGUUAUAACGGACUAAGAAUAUUUAUUCAUAGAGGUUAGAGAGAUCCCAAUGAAAUGGAAAAAGUGAAAAAAGUAUUAUAAGAUGAAAUUUCCCGUGUUAUUGGAAAAACUGUAAAUUGGUAUAGAUCGGUAUAAAGUUUCUCGCCUUCGAGCGAAAAUAUUUAUUCAAAUUCGCGUUUGAAUGGAGCAUGUUUUAAAUUUUGUUAUCAUAGUCGUAUAUACUUGAAGAUUUGUUGGAAUAUGAAAAUGGCAAUGCGCGUCGCCAUAAUAUAGUUACGGAUUGGGAAUCAGCUGCGACAGGUUAUUGACACCGAGAAUACAAGAGGACAGGUAAAAUAUAAACUAGAAUGAGAAGACUACAAGAGAAGACUAAUAGUUCGCCCGUUAACAAACACGGUGAUUUGUACUUUGAUAGAAACAGGUUUGAUUUUGAACACGUUUCUAUGAUCGAAUCAAAUUCCACUGGCCGUUUCAAACUAUCAAACGAUCAUAUUUCAAAAUGGCGAGGAGAACGGAGUAACUUCAGGCGGUCAGUUAAUUUUGAUCCGAUUGUAGUUUGAAAGUAGCAGCAGGCAGCUGUAUAAGUAUGUAGCGUAUAUAUAAGCGUAUAGUCCGUUAAUAACUUCGAUGGUAUAUUAUUAUGUAACAUAAUGUAUAUGGCUCUAAUCAGUACCUAACGUUUUCGACGAUUUUUCAUAGCCUCCAUUUUUGCGUUACGAAGUUUUUUGCGAUUCGUGUGCAAAUACAUCACUUCUGAACACUUGCGUUCAGGAAUUAAUCCAUAAUCUAACGUCAACGCUGCCCAUGCUUCAUAUUUCUUACGUUUUCUACGCUAACUAUCGAAAUCUUAUUUCGUUAUAUCCUUAUAGGCAGCAUCGUGUUACGAGUGUGGUGUGUUGACAAUGGUUACUUCAUAUUGUCCUGUGUAAUCCAGCAUGUACACGCGAGUCUUUGUUACACAACGGCGUUAUAGUCUUCUGAAUGUGACCAGUGUGUUGAAUUUGUUUAUUUUUUACUCACGUAAAAUCUAUUAUAGGAUGUAAGAAAUUUAAUAUAUAUAUAUAUUGAAUAACAAAUUACACGGUAACCAUGGAUCGAGCGAGUUUAACUAUACCUACGAUGUACGGGUAUAUCUGAUCUGACACGUUCAACAGAUUGCGUCGAAUGACUGAAUGAAUGCGAUUGAAAAAAUGCACGCGAGACGAGUUGCGUUAAGGAUUUUCAGUUUGGCCUCCAAAAUCUGAUCUGUACGAUUCCGAGAGUGUUCAAAUAGUUCGACUACGGUCGCGUUGUUACUACGCUAUAAUUCUAAAGAUUCUCAGUAGGCAGGCUACUAGCGAUAACUAAACUGGCUCGAACGGCCAGAUAUAAUAACAGUUAACGAAGUGAAUUAAUGGAUAAUAAAGAAGAAGACGAAGAAGAAGAAGAAGGUACACUGCAUUUGCUCAUCGGUUGUAAUUAUUUCCGACUGCGAGACAAAUGUGUGACUCACGUAUCGGCAAUGUUCUUCAAACGUCUACUGACAUACAGGCUGUUUUACAAAAUAUGGGCAUAACUUCAUACAUUCGACGCGCAACAGUAAUAAUAAAGAAAGUUUAUACAAACGUUUGUCGUAACUGAUCUUGUCUUCGAGAUUUUAUAUUACAGUUAUUCAUCUAUCUUUAUACCUGGUUCGAGGCCAGCUCCUUAACUAUGAGAUAUUUAAGUUACUUAAAAACAGUGGUCAUCAGCAGUCAUUUAUUUUAUCCUAACUUGCACAAAUUUUAUAAAUAUUCAUGGUUCAUGGGGUCAUACACAAGGGUUUAAAUUACUUUGCAAGAUUGUUGAGACUCUAUGAAUAUUUAUAAGUCGUAUACAGAGCCAGGUAGGAUAAAUGUUUGCACUAACUAUUUUUAUUAUCUCUGCGUGUUGAAUUAAUUUUCGUUACGUCCACAUGUUGCAAAUCACACUGUCCAAAUGCACACAUACGAAUUUUGCGCUGUAAUUACUACUGGGUCUUCCAAAAAGCCACCCAGCGAUUAAAAAUACUUUCGAUGUUCGGAGACAUGAUUUCGAAACAGAACGAUUCGUUGAAGAGAAUUUCAUUUUGCACGAAAAAUGUGACAAUUGUAAUAAAUUUAUCUGUCCUUACGUCAUUAUGUUCCCAUUUAACCUUCAAUGUUAUACUUUUACUG